AUUAACAAAUUAUGUAUCGUUUAUAGCGUUUAUUUAAGUCUUUUGUUACUUUUGUUACUCGGCAGUCGGCAAACAGGUUUUAUAACCAUACUAGUCUGCGCCAAAACUGUAACAUGUAUAUAAACGAUGUAUAAAAUCAAGUAAUUACCGUAUAAAAAGCAAUAAGUGCGAGUAUCCUGCUGUUUAAAGUAGGCUGUUUUUUCUAUUGAAAAGUCGCAGUGACACGGCUUGCAAAGAAAAUUAAAAUGGAGCGUUACCAACGCAAAACGCCGCUGGAUGUGUUGAAGUCCAUGUGGGUUGCAAUUCGUGAAGCAAGCGGUGAAGAACUCGAGCAUACCAGACUAGUCAAACAUCUGCUUAAAAUUUUCACUAACGCCGGAGAUAUCGAAUCUUAUGUGAGUAAUGCGGUUGUUGACGGUUUAAUUCAAAUCGUAGAAAAACCGAAAAAGCCUAAACCAAAAUCGGUUUACCAUUACACAUUACCGGACAUUUCUAACUAUUCCUUUCCGGACGAACAUCCGGAUGUUUACUGUUACGAAUGCCAUCUCGAAGGAAAUGUUUUGAAAUGCGCUGGCUGUUUGCGCGUGUUUCAUCGAGGAUGUGUGAGAUCCUCGACAGAUAAACAGCUAGAAUUGGAAAGGUUCACCAGCAAAUACAAACGGGUUAAUAUAUCCGCUUUUGGUAUAUCUGAUGGAGUCAAUCGGGAGAUUCGUUCUGUAAGCCCAUCUGCAGCUACUACGCCGGACCUAACAGUUACUAAUUCAUCCGAAGCAGAUGCAAACAAAAACCAUGUUAUAUCCGUAAAUUUGGAUAUAUCUAAGAAAAUGGUAAAAAGUGAGCUUGAUCCAAGUGGUGUUAAACAAGAGGACUUCAAAGAGGAGCUCCUCGUGGAUGAGCCACACUUUGUUGGUGUUAUCAGGCUACCCGAUCGGCGCUUGGAGGAGCGGUUGAAUACACCGACAGUGAAGCCGGAAGACCGUGGUAACAGUAUUAUGGACAGUGAUGAAUUCAUUCACCGAUAUUGCUUUCCGUGUCGCCAGGUACACGGAAAUCAGUACAAUACACCUCCAAAUUUAAGCCAAGCAGAACUGAAUUAUCUGCUUAAAUUUGUCAUUGAUCAAUACAAAUCUUGGCUCCCUGACGAUACCUAUUCACCAACAAAACUGUUCAACAAUCGGUCACGAGUUUCAGAGGUUGUCGAUAAUAUGGAAUUAUGCAAGGCGUUGUUGUUGCGUUCUUCUGUUACAUUGGAUGUUAUUGAGCAAAAAAUCGACAAUUCAAGCUACACAACCCUUGAAGAAUUUAGCGGAGAUAUUCAAGAUAUAGCUCACAAUAUUGCUAUCAUUCAUGGAGCAAAUUCACUGGAGUACAACGCUGUGAUGUAUUUUGUAACUGACUGUAUUUAUGACCUGUACGAAAUUCGUCAGUGUCCAGAUUGUUUUCGUCAUUCUAACGAGAAAGCAGAGCCGGACUGGUUCGCUAGGCCGUGCGUUACACGACACGAGCUUGUAUUUGCCAAACAAAAGGGUUAUCAAUACUGGCCAGCAAAGGUUAUUCGAGUAUACAACAAUAGAUAUGAUGUUCGCUUUUUUGGCGACCAACAUUCUCGAGCCGUCAUCGAUGCAACUAGUGUCAAGCCAAUUGAUACUGAUUUUGAGGUGCUAAAGAUUAAUCCUAAACAACGAGGAUUUCAAAAAGCCAUAGACGAAUUGCACAAACAUCAAGCACUGAUCAGUCUUCCUAAGGACUAUUACGCAUUCGGUAGUCAAGUCUUGACGCCCAUAGAUGUAUUAUUGCAGGCUUCAAAUUUAGGCACGUUGUAUGCUGCAUCGUCACAGGUUGUUACUACACCCGCAAAAAAACGUGGAAGGAAGCCUAAAGCUCAAGCUUUUGGCACUUCAGUUACAUCAUCGAGAGAACAUGGACUGAAUAAUGGAAUGUUUCAGAUCUCCGUACAAUUAGAAAGCUCCACCACGCCAAAUAACAGAUCGGCUAACGCCACACAGAAUGAGACUGACACACGUUCAACACGCCAGAAGGAAAAACGACUGACUGAACCAGUAAACAAUGAAAACUCACCAUCUAUUCCCAAACGAAUUCGGCCGAAUUUUGACAUAGUGCCAUUAAAUGAACCGGGCUCUAGUGCAAUGACAACGAAGAAGCCAAAUGAAAGAAAUCCGAAAGAAUCCUCCGCACCGUCGGAUGAGUCGUUGAAACCGCGAAGCCCGCGCAUAAAAGCUCAACUAAAGCGUCAAUACUCUGAUGAUGUUAUUAAGUUGAAAGCAUUGAUGGACGAAAUGAACGACAUCGAAAAGGUCAAGCACCUUGCAGUAAAUGCACUCCAAGAGGAUAUAAAUCGAUGGCAACAAAAGAUUCGCGUUCUAGUUGCCGAGUACAACACGCGCAUUGCUGAAGUGAAGCAUAAACAGUGGUGUAACAGCUGUGAGCACGAGUCGAUCCUACAUUGCUGCUGGAAUACAUCAUAUUGCUCAAGAGAAUGUCAGGAGAGGGAUUGGUCUGACCACAAGAAGCAGCACAAGUUUGCUAGACAAUAAUGCAACUCUUCAGUGACGAUCGUUUGAAACAUAAAUUUUUCUUGUUCUUGAAGCAGGGUUGAAUUUGAAAUUCCCUGUUUUAAAAUUAUCUUGUUUUUAUGCUUUUAGCAUAUAAUAUGCGCUAUUUGUGAUAAUUUUCGAACUACCGAAUGAACUUUUUUUUUUUUCAAAUUCCUGUUUGAAGUUGAAUCGUUUGAAUUACAAAAAACAAAUUCGUUGUACACAUUGUUGAACUUAAUAAAUGUUGCUCGCAGAGCGAUGCUGAACGUCA